AUGCGCCCCACUUCCUUGCGGUGGCAUUUGGGCAACGCCUUAGGGCGGCCAAGCGGGCGUACCGGCCAAAGCGUUACGGGCUGGUGGGCGGAGUGGUGUGACGCGCAUGAACGGAUCAACGAGAUUCCCACUGUCCCUACCUACUAUCUAGCGAAACCACAGCCAAGGGAACGAGCUUGGAACGAUCAGCGGGGAAAGAAGACCCUGUUGAGCUUUCCUCUACAUAGGCGGGAGACACGCCUUUGUCGGCGUCGGAAGCACGGUAGCAGGUGCGGUUGCGGGGACGGGGGUUUGCGGCUGGGGGGGUUCGCCUCUCGACGUUCACUCUCCGCCUCCCACUUCCGUUUUCUUCUCUGUCGGGCGGGGCCUACGCCCUCCUCGGUGGGCCGGCGUUUCGUUCGUCCCGGUUUUUCCCGGCCCUCGCCGCGACCGGCGUCGUUCGGUGUCGUCGAACCUGAAAUACCGCCACUUCCGUCGCUUCCUCGCUCACCCGGUGAAAAAGGGGACGGGUCGCUCGGCGGCCCUCUUGCUAGCGCCAAGGGCGCGGGCUCCCCCCCCCCCGAUUGGGGCCCGCGCUCGACCCUUAGCCGGGGACCGUGCCGGGCGUGGAGUUUGACUCGGGCGGUACGUCUGUCAAACGGUAACGCAGGUGUCCCAAGGCGAGCUCAGCGAGGACGGAAACCUCGUGAAGCAAAAGGGCAAAAGCUCGCUCGAUCUCGAUUUUCAGUACGAAUACGGACUGCGAAAGCGUGGCCCAUCGAUCCUUUCCGAGCGGAGAGCUCCGUUCCGCCGAGAGGUGUCAGAAAAGUUACCACAGGGAUAACUGGCUUCUGGCGGCCAAGCGUUCGUACCGGAACCGCUACCGGUGCCGUCACGGUAUUACGAAAGGCGUCUCUUUUCGUUCCGCUGGGGCCAGCCGUAGCGGACGUCGUCGUCGCUAGGGGCGGCCGCGUUCGUCGGUGGCGCUCGUCGUCCGCUACUUCGGCUGCUGUCGCUUCGCACGCAGCGACGUCCGUGAACGGGCCACCCGAUUUGACAUCCGCAACAGGCGGGAUUUUGCCGUCGCCGUCUUAUUUCGAACCCCCCGUGGAGCGUGAGACGAGGGGUCGCUCGUAG